UCCAAGUAGCUUCGUAAAUAAAUGACUGCUACCGAACUGAACGUCUACCGAAGAAACGUGGAUCACAAACAUGGUAUACAUGGCACCAGUGCGCUUGGUUCACUCACCUGCCACAUACAUACAGAUCUACACAGGUAAAUUUCUGCCACAGAACCAUAGACAACUGGUUUUCCCAAACGGUACUCUAGUAAUUCGAGAUGCAAAGAAGGAAGAUGAAGGUGGAUACUUAUGUGUAGCAUCCAAUCCUGAUGGACUUACUUCAAGAAGCAAAUUAAUGGUACAAGUAAUGGAGGCACCUGUCAUUGAUCGUCUAUACACGAAAAAAGAUGUACAGAAAGGAAUGAGAGUGCACCUCCAUUGUGUUGUUGUCAAAGGAGACUUUCCUAUAUCACUACAAUGGCUAAAGGAUGGCAAAAUCAUUCCCUAUAGACUGUCAGUUGCUGAACGAACCAUUGAUGAAUACUCAAGCACAUUGACAAUCAAUAAAGUUACAGAGGAGCAUAGAGGAAAUUACACAUGCAUUGCAGGAAAUGCUGUUGCCAAUACAAGCCAUACGACACAGCUUAUAGUUAAUGUGCCUCCCACAUGGUUACAUGAACCUGAAGAUAUUAAUGUGCUUAUGGGUGAUACUUUAUUAAUACCCUGUGCUGCUGAUGGGUCACCAAAGCCAGUAAUAUUAUGGAGAAAAGAAUCAGAUAACUCAGAGUCUUCAUCCCAGAAUCACAUUUUUCAGGCAGCAAAUUAUAAGGUUCUCAAUAAUGGCAGCCUUUGGAUUGAGAAUGUUUUACCAGAAGACAAGGGCUAUUAUUCAUGUGAGGCAAAAAAUGAAAUUGGAAUGGCACUCAAUAAAAUUAUUUAUGUUACUGUGCAUGUUCCUGCAAGAUUUUCCACAUCUCUUCAGAAUGUGACUGUUGCUAAAGGUGGGACAGCUGCAAUUGAUUGUGUAGCAAGAGGUGACAAGCCCAUAACAGUAAAAUGGUUUCAUGGUGGGGAUCUGUUUGAGGCACAUAACCAUCCAAGGGCUGAUGUCAGUGAAGAAAGCUUGGAGUUCGGUAUUCACUCUAGAAUAACACUGAAAAAUGUUCUUCGAAAUGAUACUUCAGCAUUCUUGUGUCAUGCAGAUAACCAAUAUGGGAAUGAUCAAUCAGAGAUCUGGGUCAUUGUUCAAGAAGUUCCUGAGCCACCUGGAAAUCUUCAUGUACUCAACUUUAGUAGCAGAGCUGUAAAUCUCACAUGGGAGCAACCUUACAGUGGCAACAGUCAAAUCACUGUAUAUACUAUUCAGCAUAAGCACAAAUUAGUGGCAUGGGAGAAGAAUGUUUCUCAGAUGACUGUUCCGGGUGAUCAGACUUUUGCGAGUAUCACUGGACUGCAGCCAGCUAAUAGCUACCAUUUUAGAGUUACAGCAAGAAACAGUCUUGGAUCUUCAAAUGCUAGUGAUACAAUCACAGUAACCACUGCAGAAGAAGCUCCUGGAGAAGCACCACAAGAAAUAAGAGUCAGGGCUGUCAGCUCAGAAAGUCUCCAUGUAAGCUGGAAGCCACCACGUGAUCAAUAUCAGCAUGGAGAAAUAAUUGGUUACUACAUUGGUUACCGAACAAGUAACUCAUCUGAACCAUUCCAUUAUAAAACAUAUGAAGUUCUCCCAGGUGCCGAGCUGAGAAUCCUCCUUACAGGUCUUCAGAAAUUUACAGAGUAUGUUAUAUUUGUUCAAGCAUACAACAGUGCAGGUGCAGGGCCUCAGAGCUUAGGAGUCUCAGUUUUUACUGAAGAAGAUGUUCCAGAAUUACCUCCUGGAAAUCUUAAAUGCACCAGUACAUCGUCACAAAGCAUACUUGUAACAUGGUUGCCUAUAGCAGCAGAUGAUAUUAAUGGUAUUCUACUUGGCUACAAAAUUCUGUACAACACAGUUUCUGACUGGGAUGAGGUAUCGGCACCUGUUGAAUCAUCCACUGAAGAAUGCAGACUGGAAUUAAUGGGCCUGCAGAAAUACUGUAACUACAGUAUAGAGGUGAAAGGCUACACAAGAAUGGGAGAUGGCAUUGCAAGUAGACCAGUCUUUUGCAGGACACAAGAGGAUGUACCUGAUAAGCCUGAUGACAUCAAGGCACUUGUGGUGAAUGCUGAAACAUUGUUAAUAUCUUGGUUAAAGCCAAAAUUUCCAAACGGCGUCAUCAAAAAAUAUAUUGUAUAUGUGCGGUCACUGGAUGGCGGAACAUUGCUGAGGGAAGAAUAUGAAAUUCCUCCUACACAGACACAUUAUAUUUUGUCUCAUCUAAUCGCUCACCAUCGCUAUGAGCUCUGGGUGACUGCAGCUACAGUGGUAGGAGAGAGUGACGCCAGUCUGCAUGUAGUACAAAUACCAACAGAACAAGUUCCAGCAAGGAUUGCAUCAUUUGGAACCCAUAUGAUGGCAGCCAGAGGAGAACAACUUGCUCUGCCCUGCAUCACUGUUGGGCAACCCCAUCCUAGUACAAUAUGGAGUAAGGGAGGUCAGCUUAUUCAAGAAAAUAAUCGUAUACACAUCAAUGCUGAGUGGACUCUCCAUAUUUCCUCAGUAGAGACAUCUGAUACUGGAAAUUAUUCAUGCCGAGUGCAGAAUAUCUUAGGAGCUGAUGAAAUCACAUACACAGUGACAGUGAAAAACAGAAGAAAUAAUGGGUCUCCGUUGCCUCCAACUGACUUCAGAGUUUCUUCUGCCACUGAAACAAGUUUAUCUUUGAAGUGGUCAGCACCAGAUGACAGUAUUUAUGCAGCUGAAGGCUAUACCUUAUACUUUAAACGAGAGUUUGGUGAAUGGGAAAAGGUCAUUGUACAGGCUGAAGAUAAAAACUUUACUCUUGGAAACCUUCAGUGUGGUUCUAAAUAUCAGCUUUAUCUUCAAGCUUUCAACCACAUGGGCAACAGUAGUCCUACAAAAAAUAUAACUGCUUACACACAAGGGAAAGCUCCUAUUGCUCCAACAAAAGAAGAUCUCCUGGCCACCAACUCUACCUUCAUACAACUGAAUGUUGGCACGUGGAAUACUGGUGGCUGCCCAAUAACCACAUUAGUUGUAGAAUAUAAACUGAAAACUGGAACAAAAUGGAUACUUGUGUCAAACAAUCUUAAGUACACAGAAGAGAAGUUUUCCAUUCUUGAUCUUAAUCCAGUGACAAAUUAUGAGCUUCGGAUGACUGCUCACAACAGUGCAGGUUCCACUGUAGUCACAUAUGACUUCACAACUUUAUCCAGCACAGGAGCUGUUGUGCAGCCUGAACUCAUUAUGUGGGGAAAUUAUCGAAGAAAGUACUUCUACAAAGAUCCUGGUGUAAUAAUACCUGUUGCUGUUAUAACACUUAUUGGAGUAACUUUUGGAAUUGGGAUGUUUCUGUAUGUGAAAAGAAAGAAAAGAAGCCACACUGACAGCAAGAGUGAAGGUGAGAAUAUAGCAGAUCCACAUGUCCAAUCUGAAGAUAAGGUGGGGUACGGCACUGCAGAUGUCUCACAGGACCAGAAGCUCCAUCAAACUUCAUCUGCAUCAGAUACAACAGCAAGAGUCAACCCAUAUGCUACAUUUAGGUUAACUGAUGAAGAAAAACUAAAAGCUAUAAUUAAUGAUUAUGAAAGCUGUAGUGAAUACUGGAAGGUAAACAAAAAUCCUGAUUCUGAAAAUGAAGGAGUUGAUUGGAUACCACUACAUAGUUUGUAUCAAGCUCACAGGUACUGACUUUUGUGGCAUUUACUGAUACUGUGUACAAAUCCAUACAACAUUUAAUGGUGCAUCUCAGAGUAAAACAGUUGAUAAAGUGCCUUACUUCAUUAUCAUUACAAUAAUAAUGAACAUGUUAAUGUUGACUGUUAAUUCCAUGUUCCAGACUCUAAUUAAUUAAGCAGUGUGUGUUUAUGAAUUACAUAAUUAAAGCAAUUUUUUACUGUGAUAUUAUAAAGAA